CAUCCAACCACAACUCUGGACAAUUGGACUUCCCAUCAAUAUCCACCGAUCUCGGUGACCACCGCCACCUGGUCGACGUGGUAGGUUUCCCCAUAUCCCCUGAACUGUCCCUGGCAUGGAGAUAUGACUCCAAGCCAGCAAAAUCUGGCUGCGAAAUCGCUCAGUAUUGGGGUCAACAUGACCAGAUUGGACUGGCUUAUCUUCAUCUGGCCUCUCAUGGGCUAUCAUUUAUUGUCCUUCUCCAACAUUUCCACAUGAAUGCCAGAUUAGUACAUCAAUGCUACAGCACUCGAUGGGUCUGUCAAAAUUUGACGCCCUUCUACGACUUAUCUUCCUCGGCUCUUGUAUAUCUCUUAUCUCUUUUUAACUUAUCUCAUAUCACCACUGACUCAUAUAUCACUCAUUUAUGAUGCUCAGUUUGGUAUAUGAUAUCUUGUUCCCCAUACUGAUCGAUUAGGUUGCCUUCGCUUUGAUUUGACCACCCACCCACACAUUCCAGUAUACGGAGUACACACAUCCACUCCCUGACUAGCUUGCUUUGUCCUUUCGUUCGACGCUAGUCCAGCAAACAAAAGGACGUCACUACUCGUACCAUCGAGUCUCCACUUCACAUCCAGGCUCUUUUGGACACAUCAUCCUGUCCAAAGGAUGCUCCCAAGAUCUGAUCCCACACCUUCAUUACCACUUUAAUCAUCAUGGCAGGCGACCACCAUCACGACGCCAUAGAUGAUGACAAUUCUCGGCGCAAUCCAGACGCUGUCAACCGAACAUACACAAACGACGGUACUGGCCUAGACCUAUCCAGAACCGCAACAGCACCUACACCAAAACCGGCCGACCGUGACGAUGAUCCAGGUCUCUUUACAACCAUAUCUACAACUUCACAUCACGACAUCCACGCCGUUCCCAGCCAUAGCAGCUCGUUCGUCGAAGUCAACGCCGCUCAAUAUGAACGCUUCACCGAACGCCGCAAGCUCGUCAUCACAGCGGUGCUGUCUCUAUGCGGGUUUCUCGCUCCCAUCUCAUCCACAACCAUCCUAGCAGCCAUCCCCGAAGUUGCCGAAACAUACGACACCAGUGGCAGCAUCAUCAACUUGUCCAACGCACUGUACCUGAUAUUCAUGGGAUUAUCACCAUGUCUAUGGGGACCGCUAUCUUCUCUCUACGGCCGCCGCAUCAUCUGCGUCAUUACGGCAUUCUUAUUCUUCGCAUUUAGCAUCGGCACGGCGCUGGCGCCGAACCUCGCCUCGUAUUUUAUAUUUCGCAUGCUCACCGCCUAUCAAGGGACAUCAUUCCUCAUUGUCGGCACAUCCUGUCUCGGCGACAUCUACACGCCAACAGCACGAGCCACUGCCCUUGGGUGGUUUCUCAGCGGAACACUAAUCGGCCCCGCAUUCGGACCUUUCAUCGGCGGCAUCAUCGUGACAUAUCGAUCAUGGCGAGACAUCUUCUGGCUGCAAACCGCACUUGGCGGUCUUGCCACCGUCCUCGUCAUUCUAUUCCUUCCCGAAACGAUUCCCGAGAAGAAAAUCGAAGAACUUCGAGAACUGCCGCCUAAAGAACGAACAUCCCAGAUCAUGCAUUGGAUAUCACCGUUCCGAGUCUGCGUCCUCCUGUUUACAUACCCGAACCUGCUCAUCGCCGGCCUCGCAUCCAGCGCUCUCGUAUGGAACAUGUACUCUCUCCUAACACCAAUUCGUUAUGUGCUCAACCCCCGCUUCGACCUCACCUCUCCAAUCCAAUCCGGCCUAUUCUACAUCGCACCGGGCUGCGGAUAUUUGCUGGGAACCUUCUUCGGCGGCCGCUGGGCCGACUACAUCGUCAAGAAAUGGAUCGUCAAACGAGGCGGCAAACGCGUCGCUGAGGAUCGGCUCCGCUCAUGCUAUGCCUUUAUCGGCAUCGCCAUCCCCGCCUGUAUGCUCGUCUAUGGCUGGUCCGUCGACAAAGCCGUCGGUGGAAUACCACUCCCUGUGGUAGCCAUGUUCACGCAGGGCGUGUGUCAACUCUUCUGCUUCCCUAGUCUCAAUACCUAUUGCUUGGAUGUCAUGCAGGCGAAAGGUCGUUCUGCAGAGGUGGUUGCGGGGAAUUACAUGAUUCGGUAUGUCUUCGCUGCUGCUGGCAGUGCGGUCUGUUUGCCGGCUAUUGAAGCCAUUGGUGUGGGCUGGUUUUCAACCAUUUCCGCUGUCUUCCUGGCGAUCUGUGCUGUCGCUGUCUGGGCGACUACGUUGUGGGGCAUGGGUUGGAGACAUAGUGUUGAUGAGCGGAAGAAGAAGAAAAAAUCGGAAAAGGCUGCUGAGAUGGAUGCUAUGCAGGGUGGGAAAGAUGGUGUUUAAAAUUGAAUACGUCUUUGGUCCUCCUGCGGUCGUUUGGGAUUUUGCACUCUGAAUUUAGCGAUUAAAUAGCGUGUUUGCUUAGAUAGGCAUAUGUGUAUAUCUCACUGUCGUUGUCAUGAGCAGGCCUACUCUCUAC